GUGUUUCAGAGGAGAAGGUGAUUCAUACCACCGCCUCGAGUUCAACGGACGGGCAUCAAUUUGAUGACAAUAUCGAGGCAGGAACAACGAAAGUGAUCCACACCACCGCCUCGAGUGCAACGGAGAAGAAUCAAUUUGAUGCCGAUACCGAGGCAGGAAUAACGGAAGACAGCAAGGAAAGCACGCCCCAUAUCCAAGGAGCAACGCUUCAGAAUAAAGAGAAUGGCAACUCCGAAGAAAAUACCUUGAAGCCAUUCACGCCAUCGGGUCCGAACGAGACGGAGCAGACAGAAACGACCGAGGAGGAGGAAAUAG